AUGCUGUGGUCGACACUUUUCACGUCCGUCUUAGCGGGACUGGCAUCAGCCCUGCCAGCACCUGAGGUGCCAACCACGAGCUCGACAUGGAACCCGCGCCUGAUUCUCUACUUCCAAACGACACACGACAGGAACGGGCGUCCAAUUUCCAUGCUGCCGCUGGUCAAAGAGAAGGGCAUCGCCAUGUCGGACUUGUACAUUUGCUCCUUCCAUGUCAAUGCCGGCGGCGUCAUCCACUUGAAUGACUAUCCUCCGUCGGACCCGCGGUUCCUCACGCUAUGGAAUGAGACCAUGAUCAUGAAAGAAGCGGGUGUCAGGAUUAUGGGCAUGGUUGGCGGUGCGGCGUCUGGGUCUUUCACUAAGGAAACACUGGACGGAGACACCGCCACGUUCGAGCAUUACUAUGGACAGCUCAGGGACGUGAUCCGCCAGUUCGAGCUCCAGGGCAUGGACCUGGACAUCGAACAGCACAUGAGCCAAGAGGGUGCCUACCGACUUAUCGAGCGGCUGCACAAGGACUUUGGGGACGACUUCGUCAUCACGAUGGCGCCCGUCGCGGAUUCGCUCAUCGGACCAGACUCCUUCGGCGACCUAAACUAUACAGCUAUUGAGUCUGGACUGGGCCGCGAGAUCGACUGGUACAACGCCCAGUUCUACUCAGGCUUCGGCAACAUGUCCACGCCAGAUGACUACCUCCGCAUCAUCGACUACGGGUGGAAGCCGUACAAGGUCGUCAUUGGGCAGCUGACAUCGCCGGCCAACGGAUGGCCCUAUGUGCCAUACGACCAACUCAAUGCCACCAUCGUGACGCUGCGGGACAAGCUGCACCAUCGCAUUGGCGGAAUCUUUGGCUGGGAGUACUUCAACAGUCUGCCUGGCGGCGAGGCGAAGCCCUGGGAAUGGGCGCAGGUCAUGACGCAGAUCUUGAGGCCCGGUAUGGUGCCCAAGAUGCCCAUCUCGCGGACUCUCGCCGCGAGGCUGGACAAGGCAUAUGAAGAGAGCACUGCGCACUUGGCCAGGAUCGCUAGUGCGGCCAGUAAGACGGUCAAUUACCUCGCCAUGGUGGAUAGUUGA